AGGAAAUUAUUAAAUAAAAUGAGACUUUAUAUAACCAGCCAUUUGCCGCCCCUGUUGCGUGCCCUCCUCCUGCUGCUGGCCCUGGCCUGCCUGGGGACACGGCCCGCUCCCGUGAACGCAAUCCGGGGCGGGGCACCUGUUGUGGUCGCCGACGACGAUGAUGAAACCAUGGAGUAUGCUCCGCAAUAUGAACAUCCGGGAUAUGCGUUUAGCUAUGGAGUCAAGGAUCUGCACACGGGCGAUGUAAAGUCACAGUGGGAAUCACGCGAUCAGGACGGUGUCAAGGGACACUAUAGUAUCCUCGAACCGGAUGGCUCCAUACGCACCGUUCACUACACGGCCGAUGCCAAGAAGGGCUUCAAUGCCAUUGUCAAGACGGUGGGCGCCAAUUCCCAUCCCAUCACGGAGGAGACGCCGGAGGGCAGCAAUCAAGUGAACGACGACACCAGCCAGUCGAAGAUCAAUCACUACAGCAAGGACCAGGAGCACAUCGUUCUCAGUUCGGACAUCAAGCAGCAGAAGCGGCCCAUUGAAGAUCUCACCCACUCACACCCGAAAAUUCCCAGCCUGGUGGAGAUCAAGCCCCAUGCCCGCAUCAAGCAGGUGCCCAUGGAGCUGGAGCCGGGCAUUCGCGAUCGACUGCAACAGGCCCGUGACAACUACUACAAAGAGAUCGCUGCCGUUCACAAGCUGGAGAAUGAGUACGCACAAAAGCAGGAGAGUGACUAUGCGCAGAAGUUGCAGCCCAGCUAUCCAGUGCAAGAGGGCGAUUGGAAGGCGGUGAUAGUCAAUGAACCCAAGGAGUAUCGUCCACACUACACCACCAGCUCUCCCCAGCACCAGCACCAGCUACAGUCGCAGCACCAGCACCAGCAUCCGUACUACGAUUACUACAAGCCCAAGGAGGUGCCCCACAACUAUAUUCACAAGGCAUCGCCGCCACAGCAGGCACUGCACACCAGCUACUCACCCUCAAAGCCGCGCCAGAGCCUCCCGGAGCCCAUCUCCAACCACAUCCAUCAAAAGAAGGUGGUGCACACCACGCCCGGCCUGAAGCACUACAAGUACAAGGGCGUGGCAAAGACGUACGUGCGCCCCGAAUACUCCAGCUACUUCCAGCGCAAGCCGAAGAAGCUGAGGCCGCAUCCACAGGCAGGUCUGGGCCCCAAGCAGCGUAACCAGCGGCCGCAGCAGGCGGGUCCCGUCCUCUUUCCCGAACUGCUAGAUGACGAGUUCGAGGAUUUCGCGGAGGAGGUUGACGAUGAUGAGCAGGGCGUCGCAUCGGCCAGCCUCGUGCAGAGCAUGGUGCGGAAGGACAAGAAGCAUAUGGUGCCCAUGUAUGCGGGAGGGCACAGCUUCAAGGCGGCCAGCAGCCACCGAGAUUUGCGUGGAGUGUAG